AUUUAUGGAGUAGUUUGUUGGUUAGGGUUUGGGUGAAAACCCAACCAUGAUUGAAUUGGGCAUUUGAGUUUGGAUUUAGAGAUUUGCGUGAUUAAAUUAUUGCUUGUUUAGCUCUUCUAAUCUAUGUUGCAUUCUCUUUGAUCACUUGAAUAUCGUAUUAGAUGGAGUUGAUUGAUUUAGGUUGGCAUGAGAGUGUGACCUAUUGAUUUCUAUUAUUGACUUGGGUUACUUUGAACCUCGGGAUAUGUUAGUAAUGGAUGAGAGUCCUUAUUUGAUGUCUUUGAGGAUUUCUCCGCCUAUGAGAGUAGGAUGGGAGUUGUGUGUUGGGUCAAUAGCUAAUUCAAGUAGUGUUCAUGUAUUAUCUCUAUGUUUGAUAUUCUUAUGCCUAUUUCAUGAUUAGUUGGUGUUUAAUCCCAUCUCCUAACUUUAGUUAUCUUUGAUAUUUAGCUUUUUCGUAGUUCUUAGUUGGUUAUUGACAAUUUCCUACUUGAUUCCGGCCUAGCUUAUUGUUUUAUCAAUACAUUUUGGUGUUCCUUAGUCCCUGUGAAUUUCGACCCUUACUUAUCACUUUACCUAGUUUAGUGAUUUAGUUAGGUUUUGUUUGACCUUAGGAGAUUAGUAACGACGUAGUUUUCCUAUGUCAAAAUGGCGCCGUUGCCGGGGACUUCGGCUAACAUUGAUUUGUGUUGAUUAGAUGAGUCUAGGCUAUUUGUGAAUAUUUCUCUUUUAUUUGUUCUAUUUGAUUUCAUUUUCUUUUCAUAAAAAAAUUUCGAAAAAUGGCAAUCUUUUCCCUUCCCCAAUAUGAAUAUGAAGUAUUUUGGAGGUACUAGGCUUGGAGAUUCUCUUGGUUGUGACCAUAGUUUUGAAAAAUGGGAAAUAUGUGAUAUGAUGUUUGAGGGUCUAAAUGAAGAAACUAGAAAGGUGGUAGAGUCUAUGUCUAAUGGUGAUUUCCAUGCUCAAUCUUUGGAUGAAGCUUGGAGUCUAUUUGAAUGGUUGGCUAGAGAUACAUAUGAAUGGGAAAUGUCAAUGCAUGCUAAUCAAAAUCUUGAAAAUUUCUCUAGUUAUGAACUCGAGACUUGUAUUUCUACCCCAUCUUCCUUUCAUUUGGAUGAAUUUGCUAAUGUUGCUCAUGCAUCUUAUCAAAUGUCUUCAAGCCCUUGCAUGAAUUCAUAUGAUCAAUCCUAUGCUCCCAAUGAUGAAUCUCAUAUGCUUGAUCAUGAACCUAUUCCCCCAACUAUUGUUGACCCCCUUUUGCAAUUAGAAAUUGAUUUGAAAUUGCUUAGGGAAAAAUUGGGUUGCAAUAAUGACAUUCUUGAGUUUAAUGAUGUUGAUUCGAGGAAUGUUAGAAAUGAAAAUCAAUUGGGAAAGAGUAGCAUAGAGCUUGAAGAUGAUUUUGAAGUUUUGAUGAAUAAUGGAGAUAUUCUUGAGGAUGACUCAUUAAUGGAAGAAGUUUUCCCUCUUAAGUCUUGUGAUGUGAGUGAAGUGGUUUGUGAAAACCUUGUUUCUAUCCCUUCCCCUCAUAUUCCAUUUGCAAGAAGGAUUGACAUUAUUCCCUCUAGUCCCAUUUUAUAUCCAUUCACAUGUAUCAAAACUCCAAAUCUAGAUGAGCUUCUUGCCUCUUUUGACCUUCAAGUGCCCAAUCCAUUCAUUAUUGAGGAAAAGAGUGAGCUUGCCACCAAAAAAGAUUUUCACUAGUAGAAUAAAUGCUAUUUGCUGCGGUUAAAAAGUGCCAUAUUGCUGCGGUUUUGGGCGCGCAACAAUUAAGAGGGCAGCAAUAGGUAUUAAUAAUAUUGCUGCGGUUUAAAACCGCAGCAAUAUCUACAAAUAUUGCUGCGGUUUUUAGGCCAAACCGCAGCAAUAUUUUUAUGUAUUACAUAUUUAAUAGAGAGUAUUGCUGCGGUUUUGGGCCAAAACCGCAGCAAUAUGUCAAACUAUUGCUGCGGUUUUAGGCCCAAAAUCGCAACAAUAUGUCAAACUAUUGCUGCGGUUUUGGGCCCAAAACCGCAGCAAUGUGUCUUGGUAACCAAAAUUUUUUUUUUUUUUAUUUUGGAAUCAUAUUUGAAAAAUAAAAAUCCGGCAACAAAUAAAUCCACUAUCCACAAAAUUUGCAUAUGAAUUGAAAAUGAAAUGACAUAUGAAUAUUAUUAAUAUAUAACGAUAAAAAAAACUAGUUACAUAAAUAAUACGAUAAAUUAAAAAGUAAAAUGAAAAAAAAAACACUUACAACUAAAACUGAAAAAUUGACAAACUGUACAUAAUAACAGUAGAAAUUCGAAAACAACGAACACAACCAACAAAUUGGAGGAACACAACCAACGGCGACCCAAAACGAGUACUUGAAUCUGGCGAACUGCUGAGCAACGAACGAAAACCGAACCCUAUGAAUCUGGCGACGGCGACCUUAUGAAUCUGGCGAGCAAAUAGCAAUGAACGGUCGACCUUGCGAAUCUUAUGAAAUCAAAUAGCAAAUAGCAAUCUGGCGACCUUAUGAACGAAAAUCGAACGAAAACCAAAUGAAAACCGAACAAAAACAAUGAACGGUCGACCUCGUUGAAAGACCUUGCGAGUUUCGCGAGGGACUUGCGAAUUCGUCGAAAUCAACAUCGACCUCGUCGAAAUCAUCAUCGACCUCGUCGAAAGACCUUGCGAUUUUGGCGAGGGACUUUUCGAAAUCAACGUCGACCUUGCGAGUUUUGCGAUUUCGAAAGACGACGUUGAGUUCGAAGGACGUCCGGCGUGACUGAGAUGGAUAGAGGAGAGAGAGAAGAUGAGGGGGAGAAGAGAGAGAAGAUGAGAGGAGGCGUUACUGAGAGGGUUAGAGGAGAGAGGGAAGAUGAGGAGAGAAGUGAGAGAAGAUGAGAGGAGGCGUGAAAAAGAUGGGAGGAAGAGAGGGGGAAAUCCUACUUGGGUCGUUAUAUUAUAAUUUUAAAAAGAUAUUGCUGCGGUUUUUUUUUAAGAACCGCAGCAAUAGUAUAAAAUAAUAUUUUUUAAUAUUAUUUUAAUAUAUUGAUGCGGUUCUUCCUAGAAACCGCAGCAAUAUAUUUGGUCAAAUAGUCAAAAAGUUUCAAAAAAAUUCCGUUGAAAAUAUAUUGCUGCGGUUUUCGGCCGAAACCGCAGCAAUAUGGUUAUUUUUUGUUUUUUCUUUUCUUUUUACGUGAUAUAUUGCUGCGUAUGGAUGAAACCGCAGCAAUACCACCGCAGCAAAUAACAUUUAUUCUACUAGUGUUUGUUGAGGAGAGUUUGCCAUUUUAUUCUUAUUUUGAUUCUUCUCUUUCUUACUUCUUUGUUUUUCCUUUUAAUCCUUCUUCUUUUUGGCAUCCCUCUCCUUAUUUGCAUGGAGUUGCAUUGCACUUUAUGCAUAUUUUGCAUUUUAUCAUUGCAUACUUAAUAAAAUUGAAAUGUGUGCUAGUGCAUAUGACAAACUCUUGCGAUCUUUGAAUUGCUAUUUACUAGAAAGGUCAAGCUUAGGACCUUAAAUAAGCCUUUCUCGGGAAGUAACCCGUGGUUUAUUGCUUUCAUUUUCUUUCUUUUAGUCUUUCUUAAUUUUAUUAUUUUUCUAUCCUUUUUUUAUUUAGGUACAUAAUUGGAAUAACAUCAUUCUCGAUAGCACGUGGAAAGCAAAUCAUGGUGUUGAAAAGUUGAUUAUAAGUGGGGAAAUUGGGUCAUUUGCGGGUAUUACACCCACAUACUAUCCGGUCCAAUUGAAAUAUACUUUUAAUUUCAUAUAUAAAAGCCAAAGGAAUGCACAAAUGUGGAGUAAAUCAUGAAUGAUAAAGGGAAGGAGGCAAAUGAAAGUUGAAGAAGCAAGAUUCACAAGAUGGUCCACUUUGAACGACCAUAUCUUCCAUAAUACAAAUCAUUUUUUAGUGAUUCAAAUUGGAGAGUAAAAUUUGGCUCGUUAUCUUUCCAACGAUAGGUCACAUGCUUGAUUUACAUUAAAAACGAGAAAGUUAUGGUCAUUUGAAGUUGAGCUGUUUGUGCAGUUUUCUUAGGAGCGCCCGCUCCCUUUUCAAAGGAGCGCCCGCUCCUUGCUUUUGGAGCUCCCGCCCCCGGGUCCCUCUCUGGUCGCUCCAACUUUCUGUUUUGCCCAGUUACCAUAGGAGCGCCCGCUCCUAUUUAUAAAGGAGCGCCCGCUCCUUUCAAAUUUCCGGACAGCUCUGGUUUUUUUCGCGACUCUUUAAUGAUGUAAUAAUUGGACCUAUAAAUAGGAAUCAUCCCUAUUCAUGAAGGGGGCCCUAAUUUUGAAGGGGGAUUAGCCUCCAUUAGUCUUAGAUUAGGAUUUUAAGUGAGAGAAAUCUCAAAACCUACAGAUAAAAAAGGGAGAAAACUCAAAGAGAGGUUGAAGAUUGUAGAUUCAAGGGUGACACUUGUAUUGGAACUUUCAACCAUUCAUCAAUGAGCAUUUCUUACUCUA